AUGGUCCGCAUCACUUCUAUCCUUGCUACUGCUGCCACGCUUGCUCUUGGUGCCACGAGCGCCCUGGCCGGCGCGGCGCAGAACGCUCCGCUGGAAGCCCGCACCGUCUACUCGCCCAAGAUUACGUACCCCACGGCCAAGACGCAAUGGGGUGCUGGUAAGAAGGUUCACGUUGCCUGGGACAGCUCCCACCUUCCGUCGGAGGCUAAAGGUCUUAAAGGCAUGAUUAAACUCGGCCACCUGGACGCCAACUCGGAGGGUGAGCACCUUGCCAACACGCUUGCUAAGGGCUUCAAGCUCGGCGAAGGUAAUGUCUCGUUCACUCUGCCCAAGCACUUGGAUGCUCGUGACGACUAUAUUGUUGUGCUCUUUGGCGACUCGGGCAACGCCUCGCCCAAGUUUACUAUUCACGAGUAA